AUGAGCUCCGCUGAUAUCAUCAAUGCAAAUUCUGCUGAGUCUGUCAAAGAACCUGUUCCAGGGACAAGCCUGGAAACACAGCAGGAUGAUACAAAAAUAAAAGCUCAAGUUGAUGCCAUGUGGGGACAAAUGAAGAAAGGAGUAUCUAAUGAUAUCCUCAGAAGUUUUGCAAGCAAGUCUAAUUCCACUCCAAAAAGAAAUGCAAAGAAGGGAGCUUUUAAUUGUUUGUCAUAUCUGGGGUUAGCACCAAAGGCAACUGAAUCUGUUGGCCAAGCCGCUUUUCGUAAUGGGACUGUAAUGGAGCAGAGCAAUACAAAUGAUGAAGCCAAGAAGCUUGCUGCUGCUACUCUUGCAGCAGUAAAAGAUGAUGCUGCUGCUUCUUCCUCUAGCAAGGGUAAACUUGUGAUUACUGAGGUUUGGGACUUUGCUGGUCAAGACAUUGAAGUAAAGAAACUCUUAGAUUCUGACUCAAAGGAGGCAAUGGAAAGAGCCAUAAUCGCUGCACCUUCUGCGGUAGAUGCUGUUCUUGAACAAAUCAAGAAGAAGUAG